AUGGACUCAAUUACUGCUUCGAAAACUAUACUAGAAUAUGCUAAGGUUUGUAUUGAAAUAGGAGCUAAAGAAGACUUACCUGAAACUGUUGAUGUUAUCCUUGCUAAUGGAAUAUUGGAACCCUUGAAGCACUCUCUGCCUGAAUCUUCUUCCGCAAAGGAAAAGGCUAUUUCUAAUGAAAAUGAUCCCAUAACAGAACCAGAAUCAUCUACUACUCAAAAGGACCAACUGUUAAUGUCGAAUCUCCUCAUCUUAAUAUUUCAAAUGAGGCAAGCAAUUCCUUAUCCCAAUCCAUACCUCACGAAUAUGGCUCAUCUGGAAAAAAAGGAAUCGAUAUCUCCCUCUGUCAUUCUACUGAUCAAAGUAUUACUGCAUCUGAGAAACCUUGACACUAGGUUUGGGUCUCUCCCUUGGAUUCUGGGAGGUGACUUUAAUAUCUAUCUUCAUCACAAGGAAAGUUCUGAUUCUUUAAUUCUAGGACCAUACUUUUCCUCUGAUAUGAUUGACUUUCAAGAGUUGAUUCAAGAUCUUACUCUUAAUGAUCACCCUUUCUUCGGUCCUACCUAUACUUGGAGCAAUAAACAAAAGGAUACGUACCUCGCUAGAAAACUUGAUAGAGUGCUGAUUAACUCCCAUUGGGCUACUUCUUUUCAGAACUCUUUUGUAGAAUUUACUGCUCCUGGUCCUUCUGAUCACUGUAUGGCUCUUGCUUGGAUCAAUAAAGAGAAUCAAAUCAAUAGGCCUAAACCUUUUAAAUUUUUCAACUUCUGGUCUAAGCACCCUAAUUUCCUUGAAUAUGUCAUUAUUUCCUGGCGACAACCUUCUCAAGGUAACCCUAUGCAGAAUUUGUUUCUUAAGCUUAAACGCCUAAAACCUUGCUUGCAGAAGCUAAACAAGGACAACUAUAGUGAUAUCUCUGCUAGGGAGCUGAAUGAUUUAGAGGAAACUGAGUACAUGUUCCUUAAACAGAAAACGAAAGCUCAAUGGAUCAAAGAAGGUGACAAAUGCACCAAACUUUUUCAUUCUGCUAUUGCCUCUAAAAACAAAAGAGACACCAUUAGGAUUCUUAUUAAUAAUGAGGGAAAAAGGCUCGAGACUUAUGACGAUAUGGCUAAUGAAAUAAUUGCUUUCUUCAAACAUCAACUUGGUGCCAUUGAUCCUAAAGUUCAUCCUCCCGACCCUUCUUCAUUGAGAAACCUGCUUCAAAUUCAUCUUUCUACUGAGGUUACUACUGGUCUGAUAAAAAUAGUAACUACUGAAGAGAUCAAAGAGGCUUUAUUUAAUCAAGGGAAUGACAAAGCUCCUGGCCCUGAUGGUUUCACUCCUUUUUUUUCAAACAUUCCUGUUUACAAAACUAUUUCCAAAAUCCUUGUCAAUAGAAUAACUUUGCUGUUGCUUGACCUUAUAUCCCUCAAUCAAACCGCUUUUGUGAGAGGUAGAUCUAUUAUUGACAACACCCUCCUUGCUCAAGAACUUGUUAAAGGAUAUGGUAGGAAAAACAUUUCUCCUAGAUGUGCCCUCAAAAUCGACCUUCAAAAAGCUUUUGAUUCCCUUAACUGGGAUUUCAUCUCCUCCAUUCUUAAAGCCAUAGGACUUUCUUCCAUUUUCACUAAAUGGAUUGAAACUUGCUUCAAAGAAGCACGUUAUUCCAUAUCUUUUAACGGUAGUCUAAUAGGAUACUUCAAGGGUGAGAGAGGUAUAAGACAAGAGACCCCUUAUCUCCAAUCCUUUUUGUGA